CCACACCCCUUCAAUAUCAGCCAUUUUGGAAUCUCCGGAAGAUAGCCCAGUGGAAAGUCCGGGUGAAGUAAACUUUGACUUCUGAUGUGGUAAUUCCAGAAACGGCAAUUGAAGAAUUUAAAGUCAAUACAAACUUUAGGAAAUAGUAAAACAAAAGUGUUCAUCAUGACAAACUAUGAGGAAUCGAUUCAGCCCUCUAGCGAUAGCUUUUGGGAGGUGGGCAAGUACCAGCGGACAGUGAAGCGUGUUGACAAUGGACACAAAAUGUGUGAAAGCCUUAGAAGUCUCAUAGAGUCGAGGAGCGAGAUAGAAAAGAACUAUGCCAAACAGCUCUCACAGUGGACUAAAAGGUGGAACGAAUACUUAGACAAAGGACCCGAGUAUGCCACAACACAAGGAGCAUGGCGAGGAUUGCUAGAAGAGGCUGAUAGUGUGGCAAACCUCCACACACUGGUCGGGGAGAAUCUCAUGUCCAAGGCUUACGCAGACAUCAAACAAUGGCAGAAGGACAAUUACCACAAAUCUCUGAUGCAUUUCAAGGAAACAAAAGAGAUGGAAGAUGGUUUCAAGAAGGCCCAAAAACCUUGGGAGAAGAAGUAUACAAAGCUACAAGCUGCCAAAAAAGAGUACCACACGGCAUGUAGAAACGAAAAAACCACUGCCAACCAGGAGAACAAUGCACGGGGAGACUCGGCGGUCUCACAGGACCAGAAAACAGUAGACCACAACACUUUGAAAAAGAUCCAAGAUAAAUUACGAAAAUACCAGGCUGAUGUAGAACAGUCCAAGGAUAAAUACGAAGCUUGCUUGAAUGAUCUAAACGGUUACAACGCAAAGUAUAUAGAGGACAUGAAUGAGGUAUUUGAAAAAUGCCAAAACUUUGAGAGGGAAAGAAUGGAAUUUUUCAAGAAAACAAUGUUUGUGCUUCACGAGUGUCUGGACCUGUCGUCAGAACCCAGGUUUUCCAAGUUAUACUCAGAUCUACACGACACGAUCAGUAAGGCGGAUUCAGACAGUGACCUAGCCUGGUGGUCUCAGAAGAGCGGUGCUGACAUGCCCAUGAAUUGGCCCACAUUUGAGGAAUACUCUCCCGACCUGGCAAACAUAUCCAAGAAGGAGAAGAAGUCGCAGCUUGGCGGGGACGGAAUCACGAUCACCAGUAUACGUCACAAGGGUGAUGUGUACCAACCCUCAACCGACACCAACUCUUUCAACAAUUCGUCGCCCCGAACAUCUCGCACCUCCAACACCUCCAACACCCACAGUGAUACCCACAACGAUACCUACCAACCCGUGCCCUCACAGCAAGAAUCCAGCUACAGCAGCAAUGUGGUGGAGACGAGGGCCGAGGUGGACGUCAGCAGGAAAAAGUCUUAUGACGAGAAAUUAAAUCCGUUUGGUUCAGAUGAUGAUGAUGACACAGACUUGGGAGGAGAUCGGCUCUCAAGUAAAACACCAACCAAACAAACCGUCCCGGAGCAGGUGAGGUUAGAGACUGCGAGCACACCUAACCCCUUUGAGGAUGAGGAAGACGGUGCAGAAUGUCAUAUAGAAAUGGAGGUUCUGUACGACUACAUACCGAAGUCUGAGGAUGACGACGAACUCACCCUGACAUUAGGUGAGAAAUUUAUCAAGAUCAAGAUGGAGGAUGAGCUUGGAUGGUGUAAGGGGAGAAAACUAAACGGUUGUGAAGGUCUCUUCCCCGCACAGUAUGCUAGAGAGUUGUCGUAACGCGGGACGUGGACAGGGACGUACGCCCCACAGAUCACAACAGUACAUACUCUUACGGAUCCGUGGGUACUCAUUCAGGACAAAUAGAGCUGAUAUAUCAACAGAAACAGCACAAAGAGACAAUGAGAAAUGAAGACAGUUUUAUGCAAGAUUCAUGGACGUCACAUCACCGAUACCUGUGCUGACUGCAGCUCCUUUCCAAUGUCAGAGAUCACAGUUGUCUGUGAAAUACACACAAGCUCACAAAAUUAUAACGAAUCCCUGCAGUACAUUUCCUCCCCAAUAGUUUUUUGUUGCAACAACAAUGCCUUAUAAUGAUAAAUAUUCACAAAUUAUCCAAAAUUUUGUGUCCUCUUAAAUUUCCAUGAAUAAACAAGUACUCAUUUAAGUUACAGAAAAAGGAUAUGGAAUAUGUAAUUUAGGCACAGAUUUGUUGAUGUAUUUGAAACUAAAAAUGUCCCUUCUUACUAGAAAUUUCCCCCCAUUAGUUUAUAGUUUAUAAUCUGAAAAUUUCAGUUUCAGAAUUAUGUCAAAUUUCUAGAUUAGUUUUAAUACUAGGAAAUUUGUUAUUUGAAAUUACGUGACGAUACAUUGCUUCAUUAAUUCCUGCACAAAGUGGUUUUAUCAUUGGUGAUGAAAGGAUUGAUUGUUUCCAACGUAGCUCGUUAGCAGAGCACUGACUUUGAAUGGGCUUGAUUGUGUUGAAACGUCCAGAAUUCCAGGGUUAAUUAAGAUUAUCAGAUUUCAAUAAAGUUAUUGAGGUUCCGUAGGUCAGGUAUUUUCAAUAUUCAAAUCUGAGAUGUCCCUAGAUAUAAUUGGAACAACUAUAGUCCAGUCAUUCGCUUCAUUUAGAAGGAAAGACCUCGGGUUCUAAGUGGCUGUUGGGGGUCAAAAUGUAAAUUCACUCAAAUUUAAGACUUGUCCAAGUAAAAUUUCUUGUGAAUUCUACAAGAAUGUUUUUAAUAAAAUAAUGGUUAAAUACAUUUCUUUUCAUUUCCUCAAUCAGAAGGUUUUGAAUGAAGUAAAUUCUAACAAGUACAGAUGUUUCUGAAUAUUAUUUAUAAACUUUUAUCAUUUAUUAUCUCAUCCCUGGUUCAUCUUUAAUCAAAAAGAGUUUACUCGUAGUUAGACAAGUAAGACAUCCAUGUGCAUAAAUUUCAUGGAAAAAACAACUGACUCCUGUGGAGUAUGUUAAGAAAUGACAAAGAAACGAAUUAAAAAGACUUUGCAUGAGUAAAUUUGUUGUAAUGCUGUUCCACAAGUGAUGGCACUGCCGUACUAAAGAUUUGAUAGGUUGAUGUUUAUCAUGCACUUAACUUGACCGGUAAAAACAUUUUCUGAAAAUGUGCUAUUCCAGCUUUGCCCUAAAGGGAGUUUAUAGUUCUUUUUGACAUUUCUUCAAUUUCUAGAUGAAAAGAUACAUUUUGUGUUUAAAGUUUUUUCAUAAUAUAUGCAAGACCAAAAAAUUGAAAAAUAGUCAACAGCGUAUUUUACCACAAAUUGAAAUACAAUGUACUUCAUGAUGUUCAUAUUUGAUAAACUUUUUUUUAUAUAAUGAUAUAUAAGGGGAGAUAAUUCAGCUUCCAGUUGGAAUGAGUCCUAGCAAAUGUAAUAAUACUCAUUUAUCUUCAAUGUUCAUCUGACUUGUGACCAUUCCAUGUUACAUUUAUAAAAAAAGAUCUGUAUCUGUGUGUUGAGGAUUGUUAAUGUUGGUGAGUUCUAACUAGUGUUUAGCGAGGUACUUAAUUAGUAUAGAGAUGAUAGCACUGUCCCAGCCAUGUACCCUCUAUCGCCAUGUGAUUCCUUUAAUAGUAAACCCUUGCACUUUCAAAAUUUACAACAAUGGUUAUAAGAUAAUUUCACUUGUGUGUGUCUAUAACUUUGCGUACAACAUAUCUGGGUGCCACGGUAUUUACAUUUAUGUUAUGCAGAGAGAGAAAAACAUUCUGAGCAAUAGAGGGUACAUGUUGAUAGCUGGUCACCGUAUUGUAAUGGUAAUGAACGAAACCGUGAUAAAAUAGUGUUGAAAAUCUAUGUUUGAUAUAUGAAAUAGAUAGUGAUAUAGAUACUUUUGUAUCAUUAUAUAAAUCGAUAUAUAAGUAGGUAUAUUAGUAAUAUUGUUGUUAGAUACGUACACACCCAAUGUAUUAGAAUCUUGCCAAAGUGUAAUUUUGAAAGAAAGACAUUUCUGAUCCCAAUUUUUUUUAAUCAAAAUCAAAUAUUUUGUUUCAUUGGAAUUGAAGGAAGGGAAACUAGCUGGUAAAAGUAACUAAGAGUGGCUAAACUUGAAAAGAUGAACUGUUCAACUGUAUAUAGUCAUAAGUAAAUAUUGAUUUGAAUAUCUGUAUAUCAUAUCAACGUUAGUAUUCCUUCUACCUCUCAACACCAAUAUACCAUAUGUGUACCCAUUGCACCACUGUAUGUCACAUCCUGUAUGUAAGCAUUCUGUAAAAACUAUUUUAUCAUUUCAAAUUUUGAUGGCUUUUCACCCUGGGCUGGCACCAGGAGUUAUCUCCCUUCAAAAAAGUAUCAGAAAAUAGUUAACAAUGCUUGAGGUUAUGUGGAGUUUUGAUUAAAUUCAGAUUUAAUUGAUUUAAGAAUUCAUAUUACAAUUUUAAUGUAGAUGUAUCUACAUGCUACGUAUAUCCACAGCACAAUGAUGAUCACAAGUGUUUUUCACCCUGUAACAGAGAAGUCUAUUUUGUAGAUAGUCAUACCGUAUUUUUCUAUAGCAUAUUUAAUGUCAAGCUGUUGUUCUAUAGUCACAAAACUUUGUGAUGUACUAAAUAUGGAAGCUUAACUAAUUAAACACUAUUUUGUUGUCAUUGAAUUUAUUCUAAAGGAUAUUUGGACUGUUAACAAAAAUCAUAAUAUGGAAAAAGAAACUGUUAUGGAAAGGAUCACUUAAACUUUUUCACCAGAAAUUUCAUGAUCUGUGAUAAUGGGAUUGAGAUCAUAUUGUUUAGGCAGGCUUUCUCAGUGUUUUUUAACAUAAAAAAUGGAAGAUUACUUUAAAAUGGAAGAUUACUUUUCAAAACUUCAGCAAGGCAUUCCAUAUAGGGAAGUUUAAGUUAAAGAAAUAAUCUUAGUUGAACCCUUUCACCCAUAUGUAACUUUAGUAGACACUACCAUGUAUUGAUCUGGAUGAGUCUAUUUUGGUCUAUAGUGGUGAAAGGGUUAGAAAUUUUGAGAAACCGAAGCCUGACAUCCUGAUGUUGAACACUUGGUCAAAGUUCUUUGUACAUAAUGCAUCAUAACACCUGUCCAGCUGUCUUACAGGACAGCGCAGAAGUAUUUCAUUGUAAAGGAUAAGAAUGAAGACUGCUUUAUAAGCGAUCAGACAUAUCCUUCCUCAGUGGGGAGACAGUUGAGAGAUUUGUGCACAAUUUUACAAUUUUUAAUUUGUAGUUUUGUAAACAUUUAUUUUCUUUGAAUUAUGUGGAAGAGGUACUGAGAUUUGUUAUACAAAACAGAGUGCUACAAAAUUUUGAAAAUUACUGGUUUGUUUUUUAAAACAUCAAAAAGUGUUUAGUAUCAGAAAUUGUCUACGCAACUGUUUCCUCGGUAGAUAUUAUCAUUUGGCAUAAGACCUGAUUUAAUAAUUCGAGGUUCUUAUAUACCGCUUUAUCACAACCUAGUUCGUAGGUCGUCUCAAAGCUGUUCACAAAUUAUUUUCCGUGAAUUAAUGAUGAAUUGUUUUCCGAAGAACCAAAGGACAUAAGAAUCUCAAAUUACUCAGGUUAGCAUAGAGCUGAAAAUGAUCCAUUAUUUCAAAUUUCAAAAAAUAUUUUCAAAAAGUAACAUUUUAUAGUUAUUAUGCAAAGAAUCCAUUUAAAACUUAUUCUGAAAGUUUUUUCUGGUAUGCAAAGUAUUUACGAAUUUUGAAGCAGAAUUUUGCAAAAAUGAAUUGAAGAGAACAUGUGAUUUAAUGGUGAUACCAUACGAGGAUACCAGUGGCAUGUAACUAUGUUAAGUUUGUAUACCGAUACCUUUUGCAAAUAAGGGGGAAAAAACCUAGUGCACUGAUAUGGUAGUGCAUCCAGCCUUUUUUUCUCAUUUGCGAUAGGUAACUGUAAUUUGUGUAAAUGAGCGAAUGGAUUAUUGGCUUAUUUGAUGGGAUGUAAAUGUGUGUACACUCUUUCCUAAAAUGAGGCCCAUAAAUAGUAAAUUAUUACAUACCCUGUAUUCUCUAUAUGGAUUUGUUAGUGGACGUCAUUGUUACUUAACCCUUCCACCCCUAUGUAACUGUCGUAGACUCUACCAUGCAUUGAUAUGGAUGAGUCCAUGAUGGUCUAUGGUGGUGAAAGGGCCCCUUAGGGGUAAUGCCUUAAAGGAGUCACAAUAGUAAAACUAGUGAUAUACAGAGUUUGUACAUCAGACUCGAAUUGUUUGAAGAAACUUUUCUCAUCGAUACAGGUAAAAUUUGUUCAUGUAUUUCUGUUGUUUCAUAGUUAGAUUUGUCAAAGGUAUCAAGGAAGGCGUAAUUCAUUUAGACGUAUUAAUACAUGUUUUAUGAUAUCGAUAGAUAAAACAAACCUAUUAAAAGAUGAACAUUUUCAAAAAGUAAGCUUUUUAUGGGCAUCGUAACCCAAAAACUGGAUUUAGUAAAAUCUUGAAUGUGGAGAGCAAAAAAUAUAAAAAAUUGGUAUUAAACCUUGUGGAUGACAAAAGAAGAGAAAAAAAGGAGGUUAUGAAUAUGAUCCGGAAUAUGGUGAGAUGAUUAAAAAACGUUUAUAGUGCUAAUCUACUUAAUGGCUGAUGGACUUGUCAACAGUUUUGAGUAACUUACAUGGUAGAUAAAUGCUUGUAAGUCUAGAUUUACCAUUGAUUGGCUAGGUCUGGACACAGUGACACACUCAUCUUAAAGACCUGAAUGUCAUGUUUAUCAGCCUAGAGUCCUAUCAGAAUUGUUACUACAAAUUGUUACACUAAUUAUUUUUCUUACAAAAUACUUACAUAAUUACCUUUACAGACACAUGUAGAAGUGAUGUAAUUACGUGUGUCCCUCCAGGUAUUACAUAGAAUGGGGUUAUUGUGAAAUAUGUAGAAUUACAUUAUAAUUAGUUACAUAAUGAACAGCUUGCGUCAAAAACUUUCGUACUUGUUAUUUGGUUCUGAUUUCUUUAUUGUGAAUUUGUAGCAUGUUCCUGUUGGCCAAACUUUAUGAAGUUUUUUGUUGCUUUUAGGAUAAAUGUCGCACAGAUGUGGCGAAGUCUCACCUUUAAAACAUGUGUUCAUUGUGCAUUGACUGUGCUCUGUGGGAGUUGUCUAAAAAUGGCAGAUCAAAUAUUACCUCUAAGUCCGGAGAUAAUUUGAUAUUGACGAUGCGGUGUCAUGCUGUUGUCUCAGGGUAUCUGAUACAACCUGUACUGAAACCCAUUUGUAAGAUUAAUUGGUAUGGAGUAAAAAUUCUACAAAAUAGUUUAUAUAUGCAGGUUAAAUAACAUUGCUUAUCGCAACAAUCGAUGCCUGUGUAAAUCUAAAGAAUUCCAAAGAAGCUCAAAGCUUGCAUGUUGUAGAAAAGUUCUAGAUUUUUUUUUCAUAUAUAUUCUGUAAAUAAUUAUAUUGAGAGUUAUCUCCCCUUCAAGGUUGCGAUGAAUAUUUUGCUUCGCAGUGUAACAUACAAAUUUUGAUGUUGGAUGGUGUUUGAAGCUGAUCAGUCAUAUUUUCAAUUAAUGACGAAAUUGUUGAAACUAUUUAAGUCAAGAAAUUUCACAAACACUUCAUUCACAUUUCAAAGAUUAAGAAAUUAAAACAAAUUUAAUUGUGUUCCAUAUUAGUUUACUAUGUUUAUUGUCGGAAAAUUUGUAUGGUGCUUGGCAUUAGUUAAGCUAGAUAAACUAUUUGGCCAGAUAACAGUACCAAUUUAUAAAGUAUGUUAUUAGGCAGAAGAUGAUGUAAAUGUUAAAUUUAUUAGCUAUAUACAUGUAUAUGUGCUACAAUUUUGUAUAAGAAUGGCUUUGUUGGCGGAAUGAGCAAGUGCCCCCUAGUGCGGAUAUUGGCUGAAGGUCUUGUUCACACGGGGAUAGAUGUGGAGGAAUUUCUACUUGUUACUAUUGUAAAGAUUGUUACCCAUGUAUGCAAUAUUAUCGUUGUUCCAUGUAUAUUGUAAAUUGUCCUGCAAGUUACCCAUUUACUUGUUGUUAUGGAGAAUAUAUUGUUGCAAAUUACUUAGAAUUGUGUGUAGCGGACACCCUGUACUAAUAUACAUGUAUAUCAUCAUUUAUAUAUAUAUAUAAGGGGAAAAGAUUGUUCAGUUAUUUAUUCAAAUACGAAUAUAUUCCAUGCAUUAUUGGCAAUAAAGAAUACUAAUGAUA